GCGCUGAAAAUACUUCCAAGAAAAUAAACAGUCUGGGCGGAAAAUUAAGAAGCAAAAUUAAGAAUAACAUCAGCCGCACCCCGCAACUUCUAAUUGUGUUACGUCUCAAACUAUUUCAACACUUCUUCAAGGCUCUCCGUAAAUCCUAAAAUGCCGAGCAUCUAUCAGUCAGGAGCGCCCGUAAAACACAACCAAAGCAUCAUGAACAGGAGCGUAACGGGCUCAUCCAGUCGGCGGAGUGUUGUUUUGCAAACCGACAGCAAACUUUUGGAUAAAGGGUCGCUUCAAACCGGCAAACAACCUAUUCAGGUGUUGGAUGAACAAGGAAAUGAUGUUACCCCCCUUCCAUUAUUUCAUCCUGACCCCAAUGCUCCACCACCCAAACAGAGUAACUUCUUUGCUUCUCAGGAUGCCUCCAUGAUUACUGCCCCAGACUUUCUGUCUACGAUUUCAAUGUACCAAACUGGAAUGAAUACAAGCUUUGCAGGACCAUUUACAAGGUCUAUUAUUGGAAGCAGUACCGUUUCUAAAUCAAGCCGAUCCACAGUGGAAUCAAUGAAUGAGGAAAUUGAAGAACCAGGAACAAAACGUGUUAUUUCCCUAAGUCUUUCAGAUGUUCAAAUCAGACGAGAAGAAGUAAAAGACAUCGUUACAGAGGACAUGCUGGACAAGACUGUUGAUGUUUAUUUAACUGAAACUGAAACUCUCUGGAUCUUAGACAUGCCAGCUACCAUGAUAUCCACUGACGCAGAGGAAGCUGAAACCGUUAAGCUCAGAACACAAGCCUAUGUUGAGCUAUGUAAAAACAGACUAGGAAAUGACCUGUAUGUGGACCGGAUGAUGCAGACUUUAAACGAUGCCCCGAAAUGCAAAGAAGUCCAGUGUGACAAAAUCAUCCGAGCAGAGGCAGCUACGAUGGCAACAAUUUGGGACAUGUAUGAUACGUUCCUUGCAGAAGAAGCGAGUAAAGAAGAUAACAAAACUACUAAAAUUACUCAACCAUCCAGAAUUUUAAGCAGACCUGAGGAAAGCAAAGGGACUGAUGCAAUGUCAAUAAUAAGUUCUGCCAGUAUAUCCAGUCUUUCCAGUUUAGGAGUAGAUGCUGAAAGUAUUAUCUCAGGGUUAACUAAAGAAGAACCGUCCGAUCCAGAGCUAAUCCUAAAAUCUGAAAGCUUUCAGCAGAAUUUGUGUGUUAUGGAGAGGAUUAUAAUGGAGAACAUUUUCCAGCCCAAACUUGCAGACUAUCGACAGCUCCAUAUCUUUAAAGAUCCAGACUGUAAACCCCCAGAGGAAGAUGGAAUUGAAGAAGAACCUACGGAAGUGACAACAACAACAACGCCAACUUUAGAUCGUCUGUGGUCAUUUUCAUGUGAGGUAACCAAGGGUCACAAUGUAAGCAGCAUGGCCUGGAAUAAAAUAAACAAGGAUCUCCUUGCUGUUGGUUAUGGAGAAUUUGAUUUUAGGGAUCAGAAAGGCGGACUUGUCUGUUGCUGGUCCCUGAAAAAUCCCAUGUGGCCAGAGCGUGUCUAUCAUUGUGAGAGUGGUGUGACAUCUUUGGACUUCUCUAUUGGAAAUCCUAACCUGCUGGCUGUCGGGAUGCACAACGGGGAGAUAGUCAUCUUCAAUGUGCAGAGGCAAGAAGACACUCCGCUCAUUGAUAGCAGCAACUGUUUCAAUAAGCACACCGGUCCAGUGUGGCAACUCCAAUGGAUUGAACAGGAGAGAGGAGCAUCUGGGGACGACAAGGGGGAUUCACUGAUUUCAGUAUCUGCAGAUGGUAAAAUUGCCAAAUGGUAUCUGAGAAAAGGCCUUGAUUGUACUGAUCUGAUGAAGCUAAAGCGUACCAGAGGUGACAAAUCAAAGAAACCCACAGGAGAAAAAGAUAGAAAGAUUGAAGCCCUCAUCUCAAGACAGGCACCUGGAAUGUGCUUUGACUUCCAUCCAAAGGAUGCUAAUAUUUACCUGGUUGGAACUGAAGAGGGGCACAUACAUAAGUGUUCGUGCUCAUACAAUGAACAGUUUCUGGACACCUACAAGGCACACAGAAGCCCGGUUUACAAAAUAGCUUGGUCUCCAUUUUCUCCUGACGUGUUUCUGAGUUGCUCUGCCGACUGGACCAUCCGACUGUGGCAGCAAGAUCUCUUAAAGCCGGUUCUCAACUUUAGUUCUGUAAACAGAGCUAUUUAUGAAAUCAUGUGGUCCCCUAAAUCACCCAUGAUAUUUGGAGCAGUGAAUGAAGAGAGAGUGGAGAUUUGGGACCUGGAUAACAGCAUACUGGACCCAACGAUUGUGAGUUCUGCCAGCCCUGGGGUCACACUGACAACAAUACUUUUUGCUGAAAGUACUGACUGCGUCCUAAUUGGUGACAGUGAUGGACAAGUCACUGUCUAUAAAAUGAAAAACCUGACAUCUGGAAAAACUACACAGGCAAAUGCAUUAGACGACCUAAUUGGAUCCACCCUGGCCAGUCAGUUAUGAUUGCUGUCUACACAUUCAGACACAAAUUAUCUGUAUAUGGUCUAAUUUAUUGCUAAUGAAGUUACUGUAAUAUAUAUUUUACAAUAAAGUUAUUACA